CGCUGGGGAAGGGAGGGCGCGGGAGGCGGAGGCGGCGCUGGAGUGAGCGCCCCGGGUUCCCGCAGGCACUCGCAGCGCGGUCGCUGCCUUCCGUGAGUGUCCCUACCCCAGGGCGGACGCCCCUGGCCCAGCCAGAGGCUAGGCCGGACCAAGGUCCCGGCGAGGACCCAGGCCUGGACGCAACUGUGGCGGGUCCCCAGGGCUCGUCCCCGCCCGGCCGCGAGCGUCGUCCGCCCGCAGGGGACCAUCGUCGCGCCCGCGCCAUGGUGGACGUGCUGGGCGGGCGGCGCCUGGUGACCCGCGAGGGCGCGGCGGUGGAGGCCGAGGCGGCGCUGCAGAACAAGGUGGUGGCGCUGUACUUCGCGGCCGGGCGGUGCGCGUCCAGCCGCGACUUCACGCCGCUGCUCCGCGACUUCCACCGCGCGCUGGUGGGCGAGGCGCGGCGGCCGGCGCCCUUCGAGGUGGUCUUCGUGUCGGCGGACGACAGCGCGCAGGAGAUGCGGGACUUCAUGCGCGAGCUGCACGGCGCCUGGCCGGCGCUGCCCUUCCACGACCGCCACCGCCGCGAACUGAAGAAGAGGUACAACAUCACGGCCACCCCCAAGCUUGUGAUUGUGAAACAGAACGGGGAGGUCAUCACCCACAGAGGAUGCAAGCAGAUCCGGGAGCGGGGCCUGGCCUGCUUCCAGACCUGGGCGGAGGCGGCCGAGGUUUUCCAGAAUUUCUCUGGUUGAAUUGGGAGGGAUCUUGGAGCUCCAGGACAGGAGCUUCUCCUAUGGCACAAACACUCAGGGAGAAAAAGGGAGCGUGUUUGCUGGAGUGAUUUCAUUUUCCUUCAGAGCAGAAGCACUAAGCUGCAGCAGAGAGUGAAUGUUGCUCAGGAAAACACGUGCUCUCGUUUUGACUCUGCAGCCUUGUUUGUAGCCAUUUUUAUUAUUCUUUGCAUAACCUUGUCCACCUGCGCUUCAGGAAGGACCCUCAUAUAUUUAUACUGAGCUGUUGGAAAUCUAUGCAAAACAUUUAUUUGUACAGUCUCUUCAGGUAAAAUGAUAUAUUUAUUGAUCUAUUUUCUGGUGACCUAUCUAUGUUAAUGUUAUGCUUUCACACCUAUAUUUAAAGUUGG